AGCAAUGGAGCAACCCUGUCCGGUCCUUGCGUAUCGAUUGUGGACGUCUGAUGGAACGACAACUGAGAGUUGCAGACUCGCAAGCUUCUAACUCACAUUCUCCCCGAGCUUUGAGGCAUAAGGACCUCAAGCCCAGGCACUCCUAACAUGAUAAACAGGUGACAAAGGAUCCUCCCACAGACCCUACAUCUAAAUCAAGAUGUCGGCGUCGUCGUCACAGGCACUGGAGUACCUGGAGCUGCUGCCCAGACAAACGCAUACGAAGCUGUAUGAGCAACCGUCGACUGUGUUGGCCGUCUUCCGGUGCAUGUUGCCGCAUCUAGCCAAGUCUAUUGUCAUGGCUAUGCUGUACAUGCCUUCACCAUUUCCCGCCGCUGACCUAGACGCCUGGUUCAGGCCGGAAGCAAAGAAGGAAAAGGAAAAAGCCCUCUCCGUCCUCGACCAACUCCACAUCAUCGUCCACAGAGUCGACGCCUCGCGCCAAGUCUCCUACGAACUCUACAAAGGCUUUCAACGCUCGCUGCGGCAUGCGCUCGAAGGAAGCGGAACACACGGCUCUUUUGGAGUCCCGGCCUCGCAGCCCGAUCCGAAUAAAGUGGAUGUAGCGUUCCUGGACGACUAUGCGAGGAAGCAGUGGGAGAAUAUCUUGUUCUACAUGGUGGGGAGUACGGUGGGACUUGCGACCAGUGGGGCUUUGGGACAGGAUGUCGGCACGGGGACGAAGCAGUUGUUGAAGAUGGGGGAUUUCGUGAAGGUGGUGAAUGGGAGGGUGAACAUUACGCAGGCCGGGUUUUCAUUUGUGCUGCAGGAUACGAACGCGCAGGUGUGGAGUCUGUUGAUUGUCUAUUUGAGGAAUGCGGCGGCCCUCGGAAUGUCUGAAACAGACGUCCUGUCUUUCCUCUUCAUGCUUGGCUCGCUCGAACUCGGCCAGGACUACACCACCUCCACGCUCUCCCCCACCCAACUCAAACUCCUCGAAGACCUCUCACAAUUCGGCAUCAUCUACCGCUCCUCCGACGACGCGCCCACCUUCUACCCGACCCGCCUAGCCACCACGCUCACCUCGGACGCCAGCGCCCUCUCCGCCUCGCAAUCCCUCUCAACCUCGCUCGCGACAACCCACACCGACACUACUGCAAAAGGCUUCAUCAUCAUCGAAACAAACUACCGCCUCUACGCCUACACCUCCUCCCUCCUCCAAAUCGCCGUCCUCUCCCUCUUCACCAAACUCACCACCCGCCACCCCAACCUCGUCUCGGGCAAACUCACAAAGGAAUCCAUCACGCGCGCCGUCAGCCUCGGCAUCUCUUCCGCCCAAAUCAUCUCGUACCUCACCGCCCACGCCCACCCGCAGAUGCAGAAACAGCAACCCUUCCUGCCACCCACGGUCAUGGACCAGAUCCGCCUGUGGGAGUACGAGGGCGAGAGGAUGGAGAUCAGCACGGGGUAUUUGAUCAAGGAGUUUGCGACCGAGGGCGAGUACAGGGAUGUGGCGGGGUAUGCGGAGAGUUUGGGCGUCUUGGUGUGGAGGAAUGAUUCCAAGAGGGUCUUUUUUGUGGAUCGGAUUGAGCAGGUUUCGGCGUAUUUGAGUAGGAAGAAUAGGGCCGGUUAGAGAGAUGGCGAGAAUUGAUUGAUUGGAGGAGAGAUGAGGGAUGCGCAUGGUUCUGGCGUUAAGAGCGGGAUUUGGAAUUGUGGUUCUGCAAAAGCUUGUUUUGAUAUAUACCAUAUAGAGCGAGGAUAUCUCAUCUUAAAUCCAGCGUGAACUCUACAUUCCGCAAAAGAUGUAAAAUCAUAUACUUUGGUAUCAUUAGAUAAAUCCGACUAUCCGCUAGAGCUAUACCAAGAGACCU